AAAUCUUCUUAACAAGUAAAUAAAUCAAAAUAAAUUUAAGUAUUCCCCAAUUAUACCUUAAUUAAGCAUCAAUUCACGAUGACAGAGUUUGAGUUUCCUUGGGAAUACAAUUUCCCACCGUUCUUUACUCUCCAAAAACAUACAGAGACGAGAAAGCAGCAGAUCUCUAGAUGGAAGGAACUAAUCCUCACAUAUGCUAAACAGAAUAAUCAAGCAGUAAUUAACAUAAAUGACGAGUCAGAACUUUUUAGUAACAGUAAAAUCAAUCGAACAUUAGAUAGAGAAAUAAGGGAAGUGAUCCUGACAGAACUAUGCAAAUCCAAGAACGCUGAAAUCGUUGGAUCAAAGAAUUCAGGAACUUAUGAGAUCUAUUGGUUAACAGUCGACGAAUGGUCUAAUGUCAUUUAUUCAUGGGCUGUAAAUUCAGGAAUGACAAAUUCAGUGUUAACAUUUUUUGAGCUUCUCAACGGUGAUGAUACACGUGAUCAGCAGUUUCACCAAUUAAAUGAACAAGUAUUUAUGAAAGCUUUAAAGCAACUCGAGGGUAAAGGUAAAUGUGAGGUAAUGGAAAUUGAUGGAAAUUAUGGAGUUAAGUUCUUUUAACGAAAUGUAUGUUGAACAUAAAAAAGGUAAUAAAGAUAAUGAGAAAAAAAU